AUGUGCUGGUACAAGCUGGACGUGUGUCCUUAUCCUCAUCGAGAACCGAUUUCCGCUCUGAUCUUCGAUCCCAGCAAUGCAUCUCAGUGGGAGCACUGUGAUAAGCCGCAGCCCUGGGGUCGACUGAGCUGUGGGAACCUCAUCGUCGAGCAUUCAAAAGAUUCUCUCAAGUCAGAAGUAUCGGCUACCUUCGAACACAUCCUUGCCAGCCGCUCCAAUCUCCCGGUCGAUGUGGAGAACCAGCCGCUAAACGCCCAUCAUGUUCGUCGGCAACGCUCCUCAACCGAAGGUACUAUCGUUCCCAGUGGCGCAGGCAACCUUAGACCCCGCGGUGCUCAAUGUCUUUGGUGCGGCGCAGUCCUGAAGAUGGUGGCAACAAAGUCCAAGGAGGUCCACGAAAUUGCAAGAAGACAGAUUGCCAGCUUGGAGCAGAAAAUGGACACCAGCGUCGACCUGAGAGAGCUGCAGAGGGAAAUCAUGGACCAAGAAAAGAUGCUAGAUGACCUCAGGCAUAGCGCCUGGCUGAAGGCAAGGGAAGUAAUGGGGGCCAAGGGUGAUGACGAUAAUGGCCAGGCUGAAGUACAAGGCUGA